AUGUCCACCGGUUUAUGUACCAUCAUCGUCUCCCCCUACCACGUCGGCACCGGCCCAAACCGCAUCCUCUCCCACAACCUAGCCGAUAAACUAAAAUCCCUCACCCCAAUCCGCUUCAUCAACAUCGGCCCCGUAGACGACUUCGAAGGCGAAAUCGGCCGCACCUUUGAACUCCUCCGCCGCACCUCCACCGCCGUCUCCCAAGCCGUCGCCGCAAACUCCUUCCCGCUCGUCCUCUCAGGAAACUGCUACGCCAGCACGGCCGUGGCAGCCGGUCUCAAUGCUACCGUCCCAGACUUGAAUGUCCAGUGGAUAGACGCGCACGACGAUCUGGAUACACCCUCGACGAACGAGAAUGGGUACCUUGAUGCGAUGGCGCUGUCUAUGGCGGCCGGGAUGAGCUGGCAUAAGUUGAUGGGCUCUGUGCCGGGCCAUAAGUCGUUGAGCCUUGAGAGGGUGGCGUAUUGUGGGUUGAGGGACGUGUCUGAGCUGCAGAGGAAGACGGUGACGGAGGCUGGGGUGGAUGUCAUCUGGGGCGACGCGGAGAGGAAAGUUGAUUUUGCGAAGGAGUUGGGGGUGUUGUUGGAUCGGAGGAGGUUUGACAGGACGCAUGUUCAUCUCGAUUUGGAUGUGCUGGAUGAGUCGUUGGGGAGGGUGAACGAGUUUCCUUCUCCGGGGGGGUUGGAUGGGGAAGAUUUGAUGGGGUGUUUGGAGACGAUUCCGAGCAAGACGAGGCCGACGUCUUUGUUUGUGUGUUCUUUUAAUGCGGAGUUGGAGGGGGGUGAUACGGUUGCUAGGCUUGCGGUGAAGGGCAUUGUGCGCUUUGUUGAGGGCUUAUUCAGACUGAUGUUCUGAA